AUGGAGUCCAUCGCGCGGAUAUCCAGUCUGCUCGAGAGCGCAAGAGAGCUCACUCUCGAUGCUGCCUCGGCCACGCGCAGCUCCCGCAGCACCGGCCGCCCUCUUGACCGCACACAGAUCAAAAAGCUUCUGGACAGUCGAACUGAGCGCGAGGUGCUCGAUGGCCUGCGCCGCGUCCUCUCAAUGAUGUACCGCGGCCAAAAGACGCUGCCCUUCUUCUCCUCCGUUGUCAAGAAUGUCGCCUCGCCGAAUAUCGAGAUCAAGAAGCUGGUCUACAUCUACCUCAUUCAUCAUGCCGAACAAGAACCCGAUCUCGCUCUGCUCUCCAUCAACACCAUCCAGAAAUCACUCUCCGACACGAACCCCCAAGUCCGCGCACUUGCUCUCAAGACCAUGUCUGGCAUCCGAGUGCCAGUCAUCAGCCAGAUCGUAUCUCUCGCAAUCAAGAAGGGUGUGGCAGAUAUGAGUCCCUACGUGCGCCGAGCUGCCGCCCUCUCCAUUCCCAAAUGCUACCGCCUCGAUCCGACACAGCUGCCGCAACUGCUCGAGUACCUGACUGCGCUACUUGGCGACAAGCAGUACUUUGUCGCUGGUGCAGCAGUAUCGGCCUUUCUCGAGAUAUGUCCCGAUCGAAUCGAUCUCAUACAUCCUCAGUACCGGGCGUUGGUCAAGAAGGUCGUGGAUAUGGACGAAUGGAGUCAGCUGGCGACGCUGAGAAUGAUGACAUAUUACGCAAGGAAAUGUUUCCCCAGACGGACACGCAGUGUCAAGAGUCAGGCAAAGACGGCCAAUCUGGGUGACUUUUACGGAGAAACUUCGCAGACUGGAGGUGAGGAGCAAGAGGUUGCCGUCGUGGACCCAGACCUGGCCCUGCUGCUCAAUGGCAUCAAACCGCUGCUACAGAGCCGCAACUCAGCCGUGGUCAUCGCGGUCACAAGGUGCUACGUCGACAUUGGCACGCCCGAAUAUGUCAAGAUAGCGAUUGGCCCUCUUGUAGCGCUCCUCAGGGGACCGCAGGAUAUCCAGCAAGUCGCCCUCUAUAACAUUGUCUCGGUGUGUCUGACGAGGCCAACCGACUUUGUCAAAUAUUCCAGUCACUUCCUCGUCAGAGCUACGGAUCCUGCACAAGUAUGGGAGUUGAAGUUGGAGAUUUUGACGCUCAUCUUCCCCUACGCACCACCGCACAUCAAGAGCCUCAUAUUGAACGAACUCGAGCACUUUUCUGGCUCGACGAACAAGGCGUUGGUGCGAGAAGCGGUGCGCGCUAUUGGUCGAUGCGCCCAGACGGACUCAUCUGCGGCUCCUAGGUGUCUUCGGUUACUCCUCGGACAGAUCACGAGUCUCGACGGAACUUUGGCAGCAGAAUCCCUGACUGUGAUUCGGCACCUAAUUCAGCAAGACCCCCAGGGGCACGUGGGUACGGUUGUGCGUCUGGCGAAGAAUUUGGACUCGGCGACAGAUCCUCAGGCAAGGGCAACCAUUAUAUGGCUCGUGGGCGAGUUUUCCGGCCUCGAAGGCGAGGACAACAUCGCAGCAGACGUGAUGCGGAUUCUUCUGAAGGACUUUGCGAGUGAGGCAGAGGUAGCCAAGGGACAGAUCCUCCUUCUCGCGGCCAAGGUCUAUCUUCAUCACCUGAACCGGCAAAACGAAAACAACGGGGAAGACGAUGCGCCCGUACCGAUCCAGGAUGACCAUCCUGUCGCGAAACUCUGGGACUAUGCGUUAUUGUUGGUCCGCUACGACACAUCCUACGACCUUCGCGAUCGAGCCCGGAUGUACCGAGCUCUCCUUUCCGUGCCCCAGCUGGCCACGUUGAUGUUAUUGGCGCCGAAGCCCGCACCUCAGGCUCCGAGCCCGUCAGAGACGCGCAAGGGCUUCAUGCUCGGCUCAUCAACACUUGUGUUGGCCGGUGGAGGUGGUAUCCAUGGUCUGCGUGGUUACGAUGCUCUUCCCGAAUGGGUGGCAGAGGGCUCAGAACCAGACCGGCGGUUGCGAGAGACGGAAACAACAUUAUCGGGCUACGGCGAGGAUAAGAGCCUGCCGGCAAGUCAAAUGCUUGACAGCGCGAUCAGAGCGGCACCGACACGGAUCAACGGUCUCGGCGCCGUUGUGGGUGCUGGUGCUGCAAGCGGUGUUGGUGUCAAGACGCUGGAUGACUGGCUCGCUGAGGAGGAGAAAGAGGAGCAGCAAUCAGCCUUUCACAUGGAGGAGGAGGAUGACGAGGAGGAGGACGACGAGGAAGAGGAAGAAACAGAGGAAGAGGAUGACGAUGAUGAGGAAGAUGACGAAGAGGAGGAGAGCAGCGACGACGACGACGAUGACAGCGAAUGA